GUUGUCAAAUUUGAUAACUAGUGUGAAAUGUCCCAUAGACUUAAAUAGUAACAAAUCAUUUUUACUAUAAAGUUUCGAUUCUAAAGUUCAAUUUUGCCAAUUUGUCAUAUUCAAUUAAUUUAUUGUUUAUUUUAUAUUGUUGAAACAUUUGAAAUGUUUAUUUUAACAUCCAAAUGGAAUAUUUACAAAAGGCAUUUAACAGUGACGACCAAAAUGUUCAUAUCAUAUGUGCAGGGUCAAUCUCCCAAACCUAAAAUUCGAGAAUAUUUUUAUUUUAUCGAUCAUCAAGGAAUGUUAUUUUUAGAUGAUGCAAGAAUUAAAAACUUCACAUCAUGCUUCAAAGACAAAAAAUUCUUAGAGUUCUUCUUCAAACGUUUGCGAAUAAAUGAUACUGGGAGAUAUAUGGAAGAUUUUCCUUAUCUAUCAAUUUGUGGUCGCGAAAGAAAUUUUAUUCGAUGUGAUGAUCUACCAAUAGUCUACACACAUGUAAUCAAAAAAGGAAACGAAAAUCAUCUGUCGUAUGCAUAUGCAGGAGAUUUAUUAAGUGUUAAAUUUCAACCUGAAACAAUUUAUAUGAAACCAGAAAAUGGACGAAUUUAUCAUCCAGCUCCUGAUAAAUAUAGUGGAAUUGGAUUAAUUCGAUCGAAGUUAGCAAUUGAAUUUAGUAAAUAUUUUGAAUUUAGUAAUAAAAAUAGUGAAAUACCUGAAUAUUUUACGUGGGAUAAUGAAAAGUAUAAAUUAAAUCAUGAUUGGUACCAACAAUUAAGUCAACAGAAAAAACAAAUUAGCUAAUUUAUUAUUUACAAAUCGCCAUGCUUGCGAACCUUCGUAGUCUUAUUGAUAGCGAAUUUUCUGAAAUGAAGCAAGUGUACAUUUUAUUUAAAAAAAUGAUUAUUUUUUAUUUCGAACAUAUUUCAAAAAACUGUUCAAGUAAAGACACGCUAAAGUAAAAGCGCUGUUUGAUAAAGGUAAAAUAUAUUUAUUUUCUUUACUUGAAUAGUUUUUGGACAACUGUCCGAAACAAUAGCAAAUCGUUAAAAAGGCCUACCAUUUUCUGUAUUUGAUAUGAUGUUUAUAAUAAAGAACAGAG